AGGAGGAGGAGGAGGAGGAGGACGCUUUGUGCGCCACACACAUGCAAACUAAACGGACAUUGGAGCACCAACAAGGGAACUGUCCUGCUGUACUCUCCUGCUUCUCCUGGUCGAGGAAACCGACUUUAUAGUGACACUUUAUAGGCUUUACUGAGUGGAAUAUAAACCCUGAAACUUCACCACUGCUCUGAGCGUCCAAAAAACAAGGUUGAUCCAAGAUGAAACCCGAGCUGGAGGACCAGAAUGGCUGCGCACAUUAAACACCUGGAAUUAUACUUUCUUUGACAACAUCUCACACAAUCGCCAAAUAACUCAGGAAGGAACUCUCCUGAACUCUUUUUUAAUUCCUCUCUGUGGAUUAUAAGUAACAUCAUGCCUAUUCUCAAGCAGCUGGUGAACAACUCUAACCAGUCGAAGCGGCGGUCUCGGGCCGACCUCACCGCCGAGAUGAUCAGCGCUCCGUUGGGGGACUUCCGCCACACCAUGCACGUCGGCAGAGGAGGGGACGCCUUUGGGGACACUACGUUUCUAAGCACCCGAUCGGGGGAGCCUCCUCGGGAGCCGGAGCCAAAGCAGAGCUCCCCGGGCCCCAAACUGGGGCUGCUGUCCCGCACCUUCAGAAGCAGCAAGCGCACGCAGUCCGUAAACCGGGGGGACAAGUAUGAGUACAAUAUGAAUGCGCCCUCCGGCGGCUCGUCCACCUAUGUGAAAAACGCCAUAUCCCUGCCUUACCUAAACGAGGAGGACAUUAACAGAGGCAACCAGCUGCCGAAGAGCGUCUCCUCGAGCCCCAUGAAGAGGCUGUCGGAGAUUGAAAGCAAGCCGGUGAACGGAGCUGCGGCGAUGGCGACGUUGGACGCAGAGUUCGAAGAGCGCAACUUUGGCGAAAUUACAGAUUUGCCGCCAUCCAUGUCUAAGGGAGGCGGGAUGAAGCACGCAGAGUCUAUGAUGUCCUUCCACAUUGACCUGGGGCCCUCGAUGCUCGGGGACAUCCUGAGCGUGAUGGAGAAGAAAGGCUGGGAGGAGGACGACCUCGGCUACGAGGAGGGCAAAGGUAGCGAGGGCCGCGGGUCGCCCUCCCUCAUCCCCCACGUAUAUGAUGAAGUGGAAGUGGAGGAGCAGCCCCCUGCGAGGCCACCUCGCACCAUGUACCAGCAAAAGCCCGUGGUGGAUCCCUACACCCCGGAGCUGCCAACCAGGAACAACCACCACAACAUGGACAGCUGCUCCGUGUCCAGCUCCGGCUCGGUCGCCGAGGAGAAACCGCAGUACCACCUCCAAGACGGCGACACGGACAGUGCAAAGUACAGUUCGCCACGUGGGGAGGAAGACUUCACAUUCAUGGAUGAUGACGACGACGAGAUUCGAGUGUAGACUAAACACGGACGGUCUCGAAGGACACUAAUGGAGAAGCUGGAAAAAGGCAGCGGAGGGGAUUUCGAGGCAGGGCCACAUCUGCUUUAAGCUGCUUGUAGAUCAAUCUAAUCUCUGCACACUUUGUUCAACAUCAUAAAUAAAAACCAAUUAAGCCUUAUUCACUGUGCUGUAGCAAGGAGAGUGUAUGCCAGGGUGCAUACAGACUGGCUCACUUUGAUGAAACUGAACUUAUUAUUGGGGGAUUCUCCAUUUUCCUGCGUUCAAACCUUGUCCUCAAAGGCGCAUUAAAAAAAAAGAAGCCUAAAACACUCGUUUAAAUAAGUAAAGGGUGACCACGUGGUUAGAGAACUGUACUCCCAGCUGUCAAUCACAUGACAUUUAGUGUGUGUGAUGCACGAGGUGAGGAGAAGGAAAUGUGAGGUCACAAACCAGAUGUGGAGGAAGAGGGAAAAGGACAAGAAGUGAAACUCGGAUAGUUUUGUAAAGUGUGGGAGUGAUCGCGGAGCUUCAUUUGCCGACGACGAUGUCUCGGCAUAGACACUAAAUAGAUAAAGUAGUUCUUACUUUUGUUCAUGUCAGACUUUAAGGGGUGAUUUUUUACUUUAUUUGAUGUACAUAGAGUAUGUGGAAGUUGGUCUACAGUAGCCUGUUGUAUUUGAGUUUGGUAGUUUAUCAUUUUGCAGCUGUCUCUCUUUGGUCUUUUUUUUAAUUACACAGAGAGCUGUGGUAGUUAUUCAUAAGGGAUGGAUCAUACUUAAUGUGCACUGUUUGAUCUUAAAAGUUUUGAUUUGGGGGUUGAAGUUCUUACAAAAAAACACGUCUUAAUGGUACUACAGAGUGAGGCAGCUUCUUUCCGUACAUGUUGGCUGCAUGGCACUUAACUAUUGGACUCAAGUAGACAUUAAAUUGUCUAAGAAAAGUCACAUCACUCCUGCUAUCGCUGUCGUGGUUAAGGCUGUAUCAGAUGACAAUGACUUCUGUUUUACAAAACCGCUGCUAGGGAAGGCUUUUUAAAUUUAGGGCUGCACGAUUAUGACCAAAAUGAUAAUCAGGAUUAUUUUGAUCAAUAUUAAGAUCACGAUUAUGUCUUUUAUUUUAGAGACGAAAUUGUUUUUUGCACUUUCACGUUUCACUUGCUUGUUGUGCUACAUUCCUGCUAAUGUACAAAUCAAAGACUGGUCCUUAUUCUCAGUACAUUGAACAGAACAACACUGCUUUCACAAAUCUUUGCAUCAAAAUAAGACUUGAAAUAAGGUUACAAAACGAGUAAUACGGUAUGUUACUCAGCCGCAACAUUCAGGAAAGUUUUUGAGGCUGUAGGGUGUCAGCGGCAUGACAGCGCCCCAAAAAGUGAAGCCAAAACAUCUGGAUCGCCCCCUGGUGGCUGGCUGUUAGUUUAGGAAGCACAUGAUUUGAUAUGCAGCAGUUUUCUAUGAGCAAAAGCACACAUUGUUUUAUAUAUUAUCCCACGUACUUAACUGUGGGAAGCCAAAAAUCGUGAUUAAUAUUCGAUUGAUUGUGCAGCCCUAUUUAAUUUGCAAAAAAAAAAAAAUGUGAAUUGUCAAAAAAGAAGGCCUUAAGUAUGUGUUCUGUGUCCUGUAUAGUUUUUACAGGACAGAAGUGGUGAUUGUGGCUAAUUAUGUGUGUUUGUGUGUCGUUACAUCUCAUUACACAUCAUCGCUGAGGUUGGUAGGAUCAGCAGGUCAACAGAGAGGAAUGAAAAAGUUUGAAAGGGAGUUGUUACAGUAGAAAAAAUGGCAAAUGAAUAGUUGAGGCUCUAUCCACAACACGUAGACCAGACCAGCAUCGCGUCAUCACUAAGGCCACAUCUCCUUUUGGGGGAUAGAAAACCUAAGAGCCCAUAGAAGUCGAUGCAAUUUGAUGUGUGUUUGCAUUGUAAUUUUGAGAAGUUGUAUGCAUUUAUUUCUUGUUAAACAAAUGUAUGUUUUAUAGAAAUGUCUAAUAAUAAUUGUUCGACCUUACCUGAACCUGAACGUUCGCGAUUCUUUAAUAAAUUAAGGUUGAUCGCCGUCAUGCCCCUUCUGUCUUCCCCCGUCCAAGUGGAAGAAUGACCCAACACAGUGGCCGAUAUUGCUUAUCCGGACGUCUAUAACGCUACAUAUUUGAUUAAAUCACCAAGUAUUGUUCGGCUUAGUGUUGUCUGUAAACAAUCAACUUGUUAAAAGACAACUGUUCUGAUCUUUCGGCUGAGAUUUAUUUGGAGACGAUAGUCUGAUGCUGCUAUACCAUUAAUGUAUGACUGUACUGCAGCAGCCUCCCACUCAAGCUAUAGCUAAACAAACUUAUCCAAACUGUCACAACAUCAUUUAGCCAUUAUCCACACUGACGGUGAAUAUUCACGUAUCUUAUGUGCCUCCAAUCUCAGUGUAAAAGCCUCAGUUAACCAGCUACACAACAGCUUUUCUGUAUUUUCUCUCCAUAUGCGACAGCGCCUUUCUUUCCCCCAAAAGGCGUUGCGGCCUUGGCGAUGACGGUCUGCUCUGUAUCCUCCCUUUAGACAUGUGUUCAGGCGUGUCUCUAAAGGCAGAGAAAGGAUGUAAGAACAUGCACAAAGUUGUUAUUAGAGCUACUUAAUAGACGGGGCAUCAGGUAUGUCUCGGGGCGGUGUGAGAGAGAGCGGCAGAUAUUUCCUGAACUGGCCCCCCACAAGUGAUACCAUUCACCUCCUCUCUCUACACAAAACCCCAAAUCACACAGUAGGAACAGAUGAUUAAAUCAACCCAUCAUCUGGCCUUUCCCUGUCUACUCAUUAAAUGUGCUGGAUUAUUGGCCCCCAACCAGCUGGAACCGCUCCAGAACCAGCCGGGUCAGGAACACACAGGUGGGCUGUUUUCUCUUCUUCGGCUUUUUCUUCUGUUUAGUUGCUUUAAUGGUGCCUUCAAAUGAAGCUUGCGAGCUCGUGUAUACAACACGGGAAGUCGUUUACACGAUAUGCUUGGCGUUCGAGUGGUUAAGUCAUGAGAACGGUGCUGCUGAGCCGUUACUGUCGGCGUCUAGAAGCCACAGAGGAUAACAAUUUAGAAAGCUAGAAAAGGCAUAAUGACAGAUUGGGAAUAUCAACAUCUUCCUCAGACGUAUUAUACAAUAUACGACUAAAAUUACAAUAUAUUAACUUAUUAUGCACCGAAAAACUUCCACGGCUUUUCUGACGUCAACAAACACGUCACAACUCGUCAAACUUUCCACUCACGAGGGCGUUCAUAUGGACUCUUCUUGUGAACGGCGGUAAACACGACCUCAUUUGAAGGCACCACCAUAAUAAAACCUAAGCUCACUCCUCCAGGUGACUUUCUAAAUAAGGCACACAGAGGUGUACUCCUUUUAUUUGGCAUCCAUGAUUAAUGUCUGACCUUUUUUUAUUUUGGUUUUAGAAAACUAAUUGCCAGGUUUGAUGAAUGGGAGCUUUGAAUAUCCUGUUGCGGCGUUGAAGCAGGGGUGUGUGUACAUAGAGUCAGGAUGCUGUGCCAUUCUGCCUCGGGGUUAAGUAGCGAGAAGCGCUGAAAUUAAAAGCGAUCUGGAGGAAAUUGCCAAGUAUGUUCUAAUAUACACAAUAUUGGGUUAACAUUAGCAGGAUUUUUUUUCUACUUAUGUAUAGAUAUGCAGUAUGGUUUGAGUCAGAACUCUCAUAUUUUAAUGUAAAUGGGCCAAAAUGUUUCUUUUCCUUCUAUUGUGAAAUUUGUGGAUUGUUUGGGGCAGCUGCAAUCCUUCAUGUUCAUCACCAAGCAAUGGACACAACAACAAAAAAACACUCCUUAUCUGUUUAAUCAAGUGUAAAUAUAAUUCGUGCCAUCGAUGAUUACAGUAAGCAAUCUUUGUUAUCAGCAGUGUGACUAUGAGAGCGUGAGAACCAGAGGAAUGUUAGCGGCUUUAAACACUAAAUGGCACAUUUGCGGGGCAAAUUGUAUUUGCAAGUAAUAAAUAGAGAAUCAUGGGAAAGUAUGCAAAAUUACGCUGAAAUACUUUCGUCUAAUUGGUCUGGCAUUUGUGUUGUUUCUCUGUAGGAAAGGCCAGACUAAACCAUAUAAAGGAAUUUGCAAAUACUUUCCGCCCCAGGUCUGCUUAUAAGUUUUCUGUGCCCUGACAGCUGUGGUUUUGAUGAGUGGUAAAAAAAAAAAGUGCGAAAAACAACUGGCUCAGAUUUCUGCUGUUGAAUGUUUUCUUUUUUUUUCUAUUCAGUGGCUGUAGUGUUAUGCCAAGUAUGUACUGUUUUCUUUUCCUACUCCUUAUUCUGGUUUUACAGUAUAUUAAUAUAUUUACCUUCAUCACUUUUCCUUUCUUUUGAAAUAACAGCUAUAUUUUUCAAUAAAAAGAGAAAGCUGGUAAUCUUUAAA